CCGAUGGGCUGCAGUUCUCACUCUGCUGCUGCAGUGUGUCCUGUCAAUAAAGCUUCUUUGAAUGUGAAAGAUUCAAACUCCUCCUUCCUCCACCUGAAACCAGCUGAGACAAGGACGAGCGAGGUGGGGGAGGGAGGAAGACACGGUGGGAGGAGAAAGAAGAGGAGCAGCAGAGAGAGAGAGAGUCUGUCUGAGGAGGACAACAACAGGAACGACUCACCCAGACGCACCUGGACUCUGCAGCCAGCCAGUGGGGGCGCUGUCUCCAGGAAGCCUGCCUGUGGAUGGGGAUGAAUGUGGUUCCAGUCAGAGAGGAGUCACAGGGGAGCUGCCUGGUCAUGUCUGUUUCCUCAGGCUGAGGUGGAGCAAUCUGAUCAGCACUGAACCGGACCUGGUUUACCUGAGGUGGAGAUACACCAACUUACACACAGCUCUCAUUACCUGGCUACUGCAGCUGUUGUCGCCGCCAAGUUGCUGUACCAAUGUUCCGGCGCAGGAAAAAGAAGCACAGGCUGGAGAUCUCGGCACCACAGGACUUCCAGCAUCGUGUCCACACAUCAUUUGAUGUCUCCACAGGAUGCUACGUGGGGCUGCCGCCGCAAUGGCAGAGCGUCAUUGACAAACUGAGGAGGCCACGCCCCCUGGUGGACCCCUCUAGGAUCACUGAUAUUGAACUUGGACCCAAAAAGACCAUCGUUCGAGGCAGCUUCAUCGGUCAUGGAGACUACAUCAGUCAUGUGAUCUCUGAGAUGACCCGUGUGUCCGUCAGCAGUUCCAACUCUCUGCGCCGCAGCAGUCCGUCGGCACGGAAACGUGCUCGUUCAAUGGGCCGGCUGGGAGAACUGGCUGAGGACGAGUCAUACCAGUACCAGGAGCUGAUUCGCCGUGGCGGCAGCGUAAAAACUGGUGGGAGCUCCACCUACUGGCAGGACCGGAUCCGACAGGUGUGCAAUGAGAGCAGCAGCCCUAAAUUGAAUGGGGCUCUGCAGAGAGCCAAGUCCACCUGCCAGGUGGACUCUCCAUCUGAGGCCAAGCCCCUCACACCAGAGACACCUCAGAGGACAGGUGAACCAAGUGGACAGUAUGCCCACAGUGAGGGGGCAGAACUACGAAACAGGAAAACUCCCUGUCACUACAUUCUACAGACUGUAGAGACCAGGAGGCCACAGGUGAGGCCACGACAAGGUGUGGGUCACCUACCUGACCUGCUGUCCUCCUCCAGAGAAACUUCCAGAAGGCCACACUCAUCCUACGACCUCCAGUUGGCCUCCCCCUCCUCCCGCCUGCUGCCCCCUCCUAAUGGCACCAGCAGUCCCAUUAUCACAGGUAGAACCUUACCUCAGCGGUUGCCCCACCCAUCCUCUGCCUUCACUGUGAAAUCUCCUAUGAAAUCUCCAAACCCAACAGCUCAGGACGUCUUCUCCCAGCCCCACCCUACCCCCACCAGCUCUCCAGGUCACCCCGCCGCCUCCCCCCAGCAGGUGGGACCUGACGGCGCUCCUCCAAAAGUGACUCACGAGCAGUUCAAGGGGGCGCUGCAGAUGGUGGUGGACCCUGGUGACCCGAGGAUGACUCUGGAGAACUUUGUGAAAAUUGGAGAGGGGUCCACAGGCGUUGUUUGCAUUGCCCGGGAAAAGCACAGUGGGCGGCAGGUGGCGGUGAAGAUGAUGGAUCUUAGGAAACAGCAGCGGCGAGAGCUGCUCUUCAAUGAGGUGGUGAUCAUGAGGGACUACCGGCAUCAGAAUGUGGUGGAGAUGUACCGCAGUGCUCUGGUGGAGGAGGAGCUGUGGGUCAUCAUGGAGUACCUGCAGGGCGGUGCUCUAACCCACAUCGUCAGUGAGACAAGGCUGAAUGAGGAGCAGAUAGCGACGGUGUGUGAGGGUGUCCUGCAGGCGCUGUCCUACCUCCACUCUCAGGGCGUCAUCCACCGUGACAUCAAGAGCGAUUCCAUCCUGCUCACACUGGACGGCAGGAUCAAACUGUCAGACUUUGGUUUCUGCGCUCAGAUCAGCAAAGAAGUCCCAAAGAGGAAAUCUCUGGUUGGGACUCCAUACUGGAUGGCUCCUGAGGUUAUCGCCAAAACGCCGUAUGGCACAGAGGUGGACAUCUGGUCUCUGGGAAUCAUGGUGGUGGAGAUGGUUGAUGGAGAGCCACCAUAUUUCAGUGACACACCCAUCACUGCCAUGAAGAAGCUGCGAGAUGAAGCAGCGCCGGGCGUCAAGAACAUCCAAAGGGUGUCUCCAGUGCUGAAGGACUUCCUGGGCUGCAUGUUGACCCGCGACACGGUGCAGAGGAGCAGCGCCGCCGACCUGCUGGAGCACCCGUUCAUGUUACAGGCGGGGUCACCGCGCUGCCUCGUGCCCCUGGUGGAGCAGCACCGCAAACGCAUGUCGCUCUGCUGAACGCCUGAAACUCACUGAAACACACAGUGAAACAUUAGCUCAUCUCUGAUUGGCUGCAGAUGUCAGAUUUCCUGAAUACCUGUUGGUCUCUGCUCCCAGGUUGACCUUUGACCUCCAGUUCUGUAGCUUUUAAAUGGAGAAUUCAAACUUUGCUACAUUUUCAGGUUCCUUCAUGUUUCCAAAGAUUGUUGUUUAUAAAAACAUUUCAGCAGACAAAUUCAACCCUUUAUCAUAAAAUCACAGCUCAGAGCUCCUUUUAAAGAGCAGCUUCACACAAACGUGUGAAAUCAAACAUUUAUUAGUUUCAGCGGAGCCGAGGACGAACCUCUGACUUCAGGAAGUUUCUCUCUGUAUCAGAGCUAAUAAAACAAUCAAUGAAUCGAUCAUUAUGUCACUGCUGACCAACAGAAAUCAGCUUCAGUCUGCUGAUUUAAAGCUCUUCAUCAGGAAUUGGCACAUUUUGGUACUGAGCUAAUGGAUGGAUCAUUUUCUCUUGUGAUGAUGAUGAGAAGCUCUUCCUCAGGAUUCCUGUUGAAGCUUUGCACAGUUUGAAUGUGACUUUGUACACAA